CGUUUCAGGAGCAGGUAUUUGUUAAUUUAUUUAUUCAUCUCCUUCCUGCUUUUCUCUUCAUCUAUCUGGUCAGACAAUUUGACGCUGAAUUGUGCUGCUUUUGCAGAUAGCAAUGGCGUCUAACGCAGUAGCCGAUCAUGAUAAACUUUCAGGAAAAAGAGUUGCAGUCGUAGGCGCAGGUGUAAGUGGACUUGCGGCGGCUUACAAGUUGAAAUCGAAGGGUGUGAAUGUGACUGUGUUUGAAGCUGAUGGAAGAGUAGGUGGGAAGCUGAGAAGUGUUAUGCAUAAUGGCUUGAUUUGGGAUGAAGGAGCUAACACUAUGACCGAGGCUGAGCCAGAAGUUGGGAGUUUGCUAGAUGAUCUCGGGCUUCGUGAGAAGCAGCAGUUUGUUAGUACUUUCCAUGCACUCUCUAUAAUGUUUCAGCCACUUUCACAGAAGAAACGGUACAUUGUGCGGAAUGGGUUACCUGUGAUGAUACCCACUAAUCCCAUAGCGCUGGUCACAAGUAGUGUGCUCUCUACCCAAUCGAAGUUUCAAAUUUUGUUGGAACCAUUUUUGUGGAAGAAAAAUGACUCCUCCUCAAAAGUAUCAGACGCAUCCGUAGUCGAGAGUGUAAGCGGGUUCUUUCAACGCCAUUUUGGACAAGAGGUUGUGGACUAUCUUAUUGACCCUUUUAUGGGUGGAACAAGUGCUGCGGACCCUGAAUCCCUUUCAAUGAAGCAUUCUUUUCCAGAUCUGUGGAAUAUAGAGAAAAGUUUUGGCUCUAUUAUAGUCGGUGCAAUCAGAUCAAAGUUUGCUGCUAAAGGUAGUAAAAAUGGAGAAACAAAGAGUUCCACUGGCACAAAGAAGGGCUCGCGCGGGUCAUUCUCUUUUAAGGGGGGAAUGCAGAUUCUUCCUGAUAUGUUGUGUAAAGAUCUCUCAAGGGAGGAUCUCAAUUUAGACUCCAAGGUUCUCUCUUUGUCUUACAAUACUGGUCCAAGAGAGGAAAACUGGUCACUAUCCUGUGUUUCUCAUAAUGAGACGCAGAGACAAAACCUACAUUAUGAUGCUGUAGUUAUGACGGCUCCUCUGUGCAAUGUGAAGGAGAUGAAGGUUAUGAAAGGAGGAGAACCCUUCAAGCUAAACUUUCUCCCUGAGAUUAAAUAUAUGCCCCUCUCGGUUAUAAUCACUACAUUCACAAAGGAGAAAGUAAAGAGACCCCUCGAAGGUUUUGGGGUACUUAUUCCAUCUAUAGAGCAAAAACAUGGUUUCAAAACUCUAGGAACUCUCUUCUCCUCAAUGAUGUUUCCAGAUCGCUGCCCUAGUGACCUUCAUCUAUAUACAACUUUUAUUGGUGGGAGUAGGAACCAGGAACUAGCCAAAGCUUCCACAGAUGAAUUAAAACAAGUUGUGACUUCUGACCUUCAGCGACUGUUAGGGAUUGAAGGUGAACCCGUGUUCGUCAACCAUGUCUAUUGGAACAAAGCAUUUCCGUUGUAUGAUAGAAGCUAUGACUCAGUCAUGGAAGCAAUAGACAAGAUGGAAAAAGAUCUACCCGGGUUCUUCUAUGCAGGUAAUCAUCGAGGCGGGCUCUCUGUUGGAAAAUCAAUAGCAUCAGGUUGCAAAGCAGCUGAUCUCGUGAUCUCAUACUUGGAGUCUUGCUCGAAUGAUAAUAAACCAGAGGACAGCUUAUAAACAAUAUUGUCGAGGUUCGUCAGUUUUAAUCCCUUUAAGUUUGUAAACUUGUAAAAUGCAAUAAGCCGUGGGAUUAACCAACAAACUCAGCAAAACCCAGAUUCUCAUAGACUCACUAGUUCCAGCAUUUAACGAUCAAUACAUUGCUUGGUCCGUUUCCUUGUUGUGCAUCACCUGUCUUGAACAUGAUAUAAUGAGGAUAUUUUAGGAUUGAAGAAUCCUUUUUUUUUUAAUAACAAAUUGCUGA